UUAUUUGAUUGUGUUUUUUGCUAAAAAAAAAAAUGCUAAAAGAAAGUUUAUAAUCAAUUAGCACUUGAAAUCACAAAUAACCAAAUUCUACUUUAAAGUUUCGCAUAUAAUUCGUUAGUGUGUCUGUGUGAAAUUCUAAGAAUUGUGAAUUAAAGUAAGGUGCCAGUACAAGUACAGUACAGCAUGCCUGUGAAGACCAGCGUCAGUCGGCAACAGAGCCAAACACCCGCCCAACAGCUGCAGCAACAGCAACAGCGAGACAUUGAAAAUGGACUCUAUCCCAAUCUGCCGCCAGAGCGUCGGACACCGCCAACAAGGCCGCAGACAUUGCGCCAGGAUACAAUUGAUAUGGAGGAGAUACCACUGAAUCAGCUCAACACACAGGAGCCAGAAGAUCGACGCAAAAUGCGUGAGAUAUUCGAUAAGCACGACUCUGAUGGCGAUGGUCACAUUAAUGUCCAUGAACUGAAGGAACUCAUCUCGGAUGGCUAUUGCCGGGACAUUCCGCCCUACAUAGCCGAACAGAUACUGCGACGCGGCGAUGCCGACAACAAUGGCCAAUUGGACUUUGAGGAAUUCUAUGUCAUGUCGUUGCAUCACAAACUGAUGGUGCGUAAUCUUCUGGCCCGCUACUGCCGGUAUGUCGUGCCGCCACCCAAACCCCUGGAGGGCGAUGAGCCCGAUGGAGCCUAUGAGAAGCAAAUGUCCAUCUGUCCGCCACCAUUGACUAUGGUCAUAUUCUCGAUUAUCGAGAUUAUUAUGUUUCUGGUUGAUGUCAUUUAUUUUCAGGACGAUCCCAAUCACACGGACCGCUUGGGCGAGAGCACCAAUGGACCGGCAGCAACUCUGUGUAUUUACAAUCCUUACAAGCGUUAUGAAGCCUGGCGCUUCCUUAGCUACAUGUUCGUCCAUGUCGGGAUUAUGCAUCUGAUGAUGAAUUUGAUUAUACAAAUCUUUUUGGGCAUUGCCCUGGAGCUGGUGCAUCAUUGGUGGCGUGUGGCAUUGGUCUAUUUGGCUGGUGUGCUGGCUGGUUCCAUGGGCACAUCGCUGACCAGUCCACGCAUUUUCCUCGCGGGAGCCUCUGGUGGCGUCUACGCCCUAAUAACGGCCCACAUUGCGACCAUUAUAAUGAACUACUCGGAAAUGGAAUAUGCAAUCGUUCAGCUGUUGGCCUUCCUUGUCUUCUGCUUCACGGAUCUGGGCACUUCGGUGUACCGCCAUCUAACAGAUCAGCAUGAUCAAAUCGGUUAUAUAGCUCAUUUAUCGGGCGCUGUGGCUGGUCUCCUCGUUGGCAUUGGUGUGUUGCGCAAUCUCGAGGUGAGGCGCUGGGAACGCAUCCUUUGGUGGGUGGCUGUUAUCUUUUACUUUGCCCUAAUGACAACUGGCAUCAUCAUACACAUCUUUGUGCCUGACUAUUUCCCCAAGCCCGAGUACAACUAAAGGCAUGGACGGGCAACACGGAGACAAACA